AUGCUAUUGACCAUGUUGAAUUUUUUGAUAUGUGCUGCCCUAUCCCCUUUGCAAGUUGUUCUUUUCCGAGGCUCUGUGCGUACGAAACGAGAGCGCAUCACAAUCUUUUCCCCCUCCGACGUGACCUCCCGAGAUACAUUUCUUGCCGAUAUCGUCUACGUUCACGGUCUUGAUUCGAAUUCACUGACAACUACAGAACGCUCAUCUGAAAAGGUGUCAUGGGUUCGUGAUCUGUUACCGAAGGAAAAUUUGAACUGUCGCAUCAUGGCCUUUAAUUACGAUACGAGAUGGAUGAGCAAUGCCCUAAGCAAGUCGUUAAAAGAUUUGGGCGAUGACUUGAUUCACGCUCUCGCCAGUAAACGAGAAACCCUAGAGGAGAAAAGCCGACCUAUCAUUUUGAUUGGCCAUAGUUUUGGUGGUCUAAUCAUCGACCAGGCUGUGGUGAACAUGGUGCAAAAUAGCGAUUUGGAACCUGAAAUUCUCGAGAGUCUGCGAGGAUUUGUCUUUUUGAGCACGCCGCAUCGAGGUUCAAAACUCACUCCUAUUGGAGAGAUAAUUUCUCUUUUUGGAUACUGGAGGGGUUCAGAUACGGCUCUUUUGAAAGUUAUGAAAGUUGGCUCAGAUGCUAGUAACGACUUAUACGAUCGAAUUCACUCUUUUAUCUACGAAAAGGAUAUGUCUCGCAAGACUCUUUGCGUUUUUGAAGCCGAGAGAGAAUUUCUAUGGGGCAUAGCAAUCACCCAUGUGGUGGACCGGGAAUCAGCAGUGAUUCAAGGGACAAUAAAACGUUCAACAGAGAGAUUAAAUAGGGAGAUUCAGGGAUGCCAGUCUCUAAAUGAUGAAACGUAUGAAGAUGUGAAGACCAUCAGUCACAGUUUCAUCGGCAUCUCAUGUUUGCAUCUCCCGGACGUGAAUAUAUAUUUGAGAGGUGCUGGCACCAAGGAAACAGGGAAGGCUUUCAUCUGGGAAACAUUAGGAAUUAUUUACUGUGAUGAAGGUUCGUGGGCGGAUGCCGAGGAGGGUUUUUCGGAAAACGAAGGCGAGACAAGUUCGCGGAGCCUCAGAGAGGACGCAACAAAUGACGCGAGCUGA